AUGCAGGCGGUCGCGGUACGUAAUGCUCAGAAGGAGCUGGUUGCAAGUGCCACCGAUCUAUGGGUCGGCAAAAUCAGUGGCAAUCUGAGCCACCAAUUGCAUGAGUACUGUAUCAUGCUACGCGACCUGGACUACAUGGAGGAGAAAGCAAAGAAGGGGUACGAUGCCGAUCCUUUUCUGCUACAGACAGAUAAACGGUUCGAACGCGACAUGAUGCUGAGGCCGGCCUUCUCGAUCCUUCUGUGGUGUCUACACAGCUACCAGAUGUCCUGGACCAUGACCAGCCUCGCCUAUCAGGGAUGGGAAGAAACGCACGGCAGCGCCAAGAAAAAGCUCGAAAUCGAUCUUUGGCUGUGGCGUGUGCCCUGGCAGGAGCUCGUCACGACAUCAGUGUUCGUCCUUGCUUUUGCGCUCGGCGGUGCACUAUUCAGCGAUCUGAAGCCUGCGGAGAUCUUGGCUGUGACUGCUGGGUAUGCCGCGGUGCUGGUUGUGUUUGUUGGUAGCUCACAGCGAAAUACUUCUUGA